UCUUCUCCUCACGCCACACACCACAAGCGUUUCCUUGUGUCCGCAGCUCCGGCCUCACAAAAUUAAUCUGAUCGGCACAAGCAAACCCACCGGCCCCCAUAAAACCCAAAAGAUAGAACUCUCCUCUCCCCCGUGCGCUGCCUUCUCCCUUCUUCGCCCGAAAGUUUCUUCUUCCUCCUCCUCCUCUAUCUCUAGUAUCUUUACCCCGUCCGUGCAGGGGUGAUCGAAGCGGCCGCCGGCGGGGGCUGUUCUCCUUGGCAUGGUCGGACGGAUGGAGCGGCAGACGGCGUCGACGUCUUGCUCCCACUCCGCGGCUGGGUCCUCCUCCUCUUCCUCCUGCGGCGGCAAGAAGCGGCCCGAUAUACUCAACAUGAUCCGGAGUGCAACAUGUCUUCAUUCGUCGUCUACUGAUACUGGCAAGGGUCGAAGUAAGCUGUCAAGCACCAAAGUGGCACAUGGAUUCCACUUGGUGGAAGGGAAAUCUGGUCAUGAUAUGGAGGAUUACCAUGUCGCAGAGUAUAAGUAUGAAAAGAACCAUGAGCUUGGUCUGUUUGCCAUUUUUGAUGGCCAUUUGGGUGACCGUGUGCCAAGUUACUUGAGAGCCAACCUUUUUUGCAACAUACUGAAGGAGCCUCUCUUCUGGACUAACCCCCAAGAAGCAAUUAAAAAUGCAUAUGGCUCUACAAACAAAUAUAUUCUAGAAAAUGCCAAACAACUUGGACCAGGCGGUUCAACGGCAGUUACUGCUAUUGUAGUGGAUGGCAAGGAUAUGUGGAUAGCAAAUGUUGGUGACUCCAGAGCUGUUUUAUGUGAAAGAGGUGCUGCUAAUCAGCUCACCGUGGACCAUGAACCCCAUACAACCAAUGAAAGGCAGAGGAUUGAACAGCAGGGUGGCUUUGUGACCACAUUUCCUGGUGACGUCCCUCGGGUAAAUGGCCAACUUGCCGUCGCCAGGGCAUUCGGUGACCAUAGCCUCAAGACGCACUUGAGUUCAGAACCUGAUGUUAGGCAUGUACCUAUAAACUCAAAUAUCGAGUUCGUCAUACUCGCCAGCGAUGGAUUAUGGAAGGUGAUGAAGAACCAGGAAGCCGUUGAUCUAGUGAAGUCGACAAAGGACCCCCAGGCAGCAGCAAAGCGGCUGACGACUGAAGCUCUUGCGAGGAAGAGCAAGGACGACAUCUCCUGCAUCGUCAUCCGUUUCCGCUGCUGAAUUGAUCACUUCCUCUGCGUGCACCACACCGACCUCCGACUUUUUCAACUUCUAGAUCCAUGAGCGAUGUCGGAAUCUGUCGUAAUCGUCAUUGUUCCGGUUUAGUUUCUGAAGUGGAUGUUCUUGCUAUUUGUACCUAUUAGUAGCUGUGAACAGGAUUGAGAUUAGAACAUUGCAAGGAAGAUGGUGGAGACUGGAGAGUGAGAGUUGAGGCUUGAGGUCAGUAGUGAGUAGCGGCUAGUGCGUCUCAUUCAUCUGUGCAUAUUUAAACCGUCAUAAGAUUCCCGUCAAUCUGCGGAUCAUCUCGUAGUGUACUUGGUUGGUUGUGAUGGAGAAUUGGUAAUGGACCAGUGAUGUUAAGGAGUUAUUAAGGUUAUGCCUGAAUUUCUUUUAAAAAUAUUCUUCUAAAAAUCAAAAGCUUGUGUGGCGAAUUUCCUGA